CCAAGGCAUUAUAAAGUGUUAGUAACACUUCAUGUAAUCUUGAUUCUAUCCCUCUGUUUAUGCAGCCUAGGACUGUGUUGGCUUUUUUGGCAGCUGCUGCACACGGCUGGCUCAUAUUUAAAUGGUUGUCCACUAGGACUCCAAGAUCCCUCUCGCAGUUACUACUAUUGAGCAAGGUUCUUCAGACUGGAUUCACAAACCUCCAUCAGCCAGAAUUCCAGAUUGGAGCAUUACAUUGAUUUCAGCCACGUUGCUCAGGAACGGGAAGUUUUCCUGGGAUUCUCAACUCCUUCAAUGUUACUCCGUAAGUGGGCUGGAUUUGGAAGUUUGCCUUCCCGAUACGGAGGCAUCGAUGGAGGUUUCCAACGCAGCUCUGUGGAGGCGGGAAGCUCAAGACUCCCCAGCCAAGAAUCAGAAAAUACCAGCGGGAACCCCGUGUCCUUUCAGUCACUUUUGGCUGCAGAAAAGAUCCUUCCUUCAAAGAGUCCUUUUCCAUCACAGCUAAAGAGGAAUGGGGCGACAGCAGCCCAGGCACUCAGCAGUCCACAAAGUAACCCAGGAGGAACCAGCAUGAAGUUCCUACACCCUGGACCUCUGAGAGCUGCGUCUGUGGGGUCCCAGCCUGGUACUCAAGCCAACCACAAUAGAAUAGACGUUCCAAGGGGUGUGGAGUACCCCAUACAAUCUCCCGGUUCAAAUCUUAGGAGGAGGAAUUCCUUAUCCCACCUUCCUAACUACAAUACAGAGGAUUUUAAUUUCGAUCAGCCAUUGGCUAGAAAAAGAUGGAGCGGCUCACAGCCGGAUCUGCAGGCAAACUUUUUGGAAGAGACACCAAGGAACGUGAAGCUUAGAGAGGCGGGCAACUCGCUGGCAGGACAACCUAAAGAGUUUGGAGCACGGAACCUUGAGUUGGAAGUUGACAUGAUGGAAUUUGAGCUCUGUUCCCUAAAAGAGAAGCAGAUGGAGAGUUCCUAUGCCUACCUGGAAAAGGAAAGGAAGUGGUUGGAAGUGAUUCGUUCAGAAGGCAGGACACGAAAAGGGGAACUGGAUGAUAAAAUCUUCAAGAUAGAAAUGGAGUUGGCCAAGACGAGGUCUUACUUAGGUAAAAGGGAUCACCACUUGCUUUUCCAGGGUCUCGGUCACAGCAAACAUCUGGAAACGUUGGACGUUGGCCAGGAGCUGAGGAACCUUCAAAAAAGCCUGUCUGCUUUGAAGAACUGCAUCAAGACCUUGGAAGAAAAACGAAAUGAGAUGGUGCAGCAGCUGAAAUGCGUCAAGGAGGGAGAGCAGAGCUCAGCCAGCCACCCAACAGCCACAAAGUCACUGGAAACCAAGCGAGAAAGACACCAACUCCAAGCUGCUUACAAGACGCUCAAACAGAAGAACGUGGCUUUGCUUCAGCAAGUCCAGCAUCUCAGUUUGGAGUUGAAGCAUGCCCAGAAAAAGCAAGAAGAAUCCGGGGACCAGAUCUCAGCUCUCAAAUCAGAGCUUCCAAGCAGUAAGAAUCGGGCCAUUCAACAGGAAGAAGAGAAAGUCCUCAUGAAGGAGGAGAUGGAAUCGGUCAGACAGUUGAACGAAGAGCUCUGUUCUAUAGCAGCUGAGGGACACCAGAGGCUGGAAGCUCUUUUAGAAAAGCUGCAUCUUCUGGAGGAGGAGAAGAAGUCCCAGGCGAACCACAUCCAGGCUCUGGAGGACGAGCGGACCCGGUUGCUGGAAGAGAAGGAGCAACGCCUUCUCGAAAGAACGGGGGAGCAACAGGGCCAGGAGGAGAGCCGGAAAGCUCUGCAGGCAAGCUGUGAAAAUCUCAGGGAAUCUCAGAUCCAGUUGCAGGAGGAGAAGGGUCUUCUACAGGUUCACUGCCAGGACCUUGAAAGACAAGCCGAAAAGUUGGGCAAGCAACUGGACGAGCAACAGUCCAUCUCCCAAGACUGGAGAAACCGAUGGGAGGAAGUAGAUGCCGGUUUGAAGUCCAAAGGAGAAGAGUUGGAGAAAAUGAGGGCCCAGAACCAGGCCCUCCAAACUAAGAGCGCAGAAUGGAGUUUGGAGAAGCAGAGGCUGCAGCAACUGGUCCAGGUUUUGGAGGAGCAACUUGCCGAAAAGGAUCAAGCCUUGAGAGACCUCAGGCAGACCGGAGAUGUGGAGGGAGCUGCGUUGGAGACGAGAAGGUCAUCAGAGAUGAAGAUAACAGGAGAAGGUCUGGGGGCCUCUUAUGAGAAGGGGCGUCCUGGUGGCUUGGAGGCAAAGAUUGCUGGGUGUCAGCUGGAAGGUCUCAGGCUACAACAUCAUUCAGUGACCGAGCAGCUGAAGGAACUCUUCAGACAGAGGCAACAGCCGCAAGCCGGAGCCAGGAAACAUCAGGAUUGGGGAGUCAAGAAAAAUAACUCAACAACGCCUCAGAAUGUUCCACGAGUGCUGACCACUUCACAGGAAUCCCUCGGAUGUUCAUCGGAAGAAAGCCGUUUGGAAUCUGGAGACCCAUCCAAAAGGGGGGAAGAAGAGCAGAGCCUUCGAGAGCAGCUGAAAGCAAAAACCGAUGCGAUUUCCGCCAUGGCCUGUGAAAUUCAAACUUUGAAAGAGAAAAAUGAGAACUUAAUGCAAGCCAAACUGAGAUUCCAGGAACAGAUUCAGCACAUCCGCCAGCUUUCAAAGCGAAGAGAGUCGGAAAAGAGUCACAAGGAGCUGCAGGUUCCAAGACUUCCCACCAGCCCCCGAGAUGACGGGCGAAGGGAUCGUUGCCAUGAGAUUCCGGAGGUUUCCUCGCGGAAGGAUGACGCUCCAUCCUCUUCCCAUCCCAUAGAGAUACAGGAAGAGUCUCAAGCCUGCCUUGAGGAGGAGCCAAAUGACCCCUCUUCGAACAUCAGGACGGUGCAAAGAGGCCCCUUGCUUCUCCCUUCUGAUGCAUCAUCUCUUCAACUACCUGGGACCCUCUCAGGUCCAUCUUCAGCAUCCGACAAGCUUUUAUUAGCCCCCUUGGUUUCUCCCAAAGGCCCCCUCAAGCAAGUUGACGAGGAAGGAGCUUUAUUCAGGCCCCGCAGCCCAGGGCUUUUAUCCCCCAAGCCUUUUGGGGCCCCGAGACCGUGGUCCCCUUUCCGAGAGAGGGCCGAAUCGCCGGAGAACAGAAGAGACGCGUAGCAAACCAGGAUUGGUUCCUGGGACAGAAGAAACCGUCAGGCAGGGGGAUCUGACCUUGGGAAGGAAAGCUCUUGUGUUUGCACUGAGAUUCCCCCCCCCUCCUGCUCCUAAUGAGGU